AUGAAUAAUCCAAGACAAUUCAUCCUCGGCCUGUCUCUUCUGGACUUGUCGGACGCAGAAGGCGCCUACACGGCCUUCUGUAAGGCGGCUAAAGGUGUCAGCACUGAGCCGUUCCUACGACAGUUAGUCGCGGCGCCCGACGCGCGCUUAACACAGCACCAGGCGCUCGUACUGUAUUAUAUGAAGGUGAUCAAACUGUUCGAGAUCCACGACGCAGGCGCGUGUGUCGUGCGUCUCGCGGAGACCGCCAUCAGCAUCGCCGACAAGAAUGACCCUAAUCUGCCAAUGUUCCAAUGGGUGGUGUUCAAGUGGCACUUAGCAGGCGGGCGGGUGGAGCGCGCGCUCAGCGCCGCCGCCGCCAACCCUGCGCCGCACGCACGCGCCGCCGCCGCCGCAACACUUCUCACUACUCUAGCAUCCCGGAAACAGUUAAGCGCGUUAGUAUCGUGCGGCGCGCUAGCGGCGGAAGCGGAGCGCGCGGCCGCAGCGCGCGCCAAACUGCACGACGCGCACGGCGACAACCCCUACUACGACUUCUUGUACGCGCUGCAUAUAUCCCGGCACCAUUAUAGGAAAGGUCAGUUGUCACUGUGGUGUAUGUUUUCAUCAGCAUCUAUUAGUAAAGCAACUAAGCGCGCUAGUAUCCUGCGGCGCGCUAGCGGCGGAAGCGGAGCGCGCGCCAAAUUGCACGACGCGCACGGCGACAACCCCUAUUACGACUUCUUGUACGCGCUGCAUAUAUCCCGGCACCAUUAUAGGAAAGCGGCAUCAAUAAUGUACGAGCGCGCAGCCCGCUGCGCAGCGGAGCGGGCGGAGGCGGCGGACGGGCAGCGCGCGCGCUGGCUGGCGGCCGCGCUCACCUGCCUGCGCCUCGCCAAGCCCGAGCACGCCUUCCUCGCGCGCCCCGCGCCGAGGGCUCUACAGGUGAUCGGACCUGACGAGCUAGCGGCAGAACUUCGCGAAGAAGUUCCGGACUCGCUCGAUCCUGUACAGCAGGCGUUACUUGGAGGCGAGAACAUAGACUUCGACGGGCUGUACCCGCACUUGAAAGACGCGAAUGCUGAAACUCUUCUAAGCGUCACCAAGCGCGCCCUUAGCACUGACCAAUUCCUGCCUCGGUGGUUCCUACAGGCUUACAUGGACCGCGACGGCGCCGGCUGCGUGCGCGCGCUCCUCGGCGGCGGGCGCGCGCUGGAGGCGGCGCGCGCGUGCCUCGGCGUGCUGCGCGCCGCGCUGCUCGGCCUGGACGCGCACGCGCCGCCGCGCGCCGCGCCGCUCGCCGCCGUCGACGCGCUGCGCGCCGAGCUGCAGCCGCAUGCGAGGCAGAACCCGCACUCGGAGUACGCUGAGAUGUACGAUGAGUUGAACGAUUUAGUAAAGGAAUAUACAGACACACUUGUAAGGACAUCAGAAGACAUGAAACUGGCGCAUCUCAACUAUUCCACUGUUAACUAGAUUUAAGAUCAUUCAUUAAUUUUUUAAAUAAAACGCAUGAAAUUCUGAA